GCGCCCCCUUCCUAAAUGACGUUUUUCAGGGCAAAGCGCCCCAAAACGGGCCCUGAGGGAGCCUUGACGCCCCCCCCCCACCACCACCACGUGACCCGGCGCCACACAACCCGCGCACCCCCGCCCCCUCCCUUUUCGGGGCGUGGCUUCGCCUCCCUCAUCCAAUCGCCGCCGCCUCCCCUCAUCGUCCUCCCGCUCCGAUUGGCUGCAAGCGUCGGGGGGUGGUUCGCGCGUCUCGCCGGAAGCGCGUCAUUUCGUCGGCGGGCAGCGGAGGAGGAGGAUGAGCAAGGGGCGGGAGGGUCCCGCGGCGGGCGGAGCCGCCGCCGUCCUGCUUCGGUACCUGCGGGAGCAGAACCGGCCUUACAGCGCCCAGGACGCUUUCGGGAACCUGCAGCGGGAGCACGGGCUGGGCAAGGCGGCCGUGGUGAAGGCGCUGGAGCAGCUGGCACAGCAGGGCCGCAUCCGCGAGAAGGCGUACGGCAAGCAGAAGGUUUACUUCGCCGACCAGAGCUGAGGGAGCUGAGCGGCUCCAUGACGACCCCCGAGAUGGCCCGGGAGGUCGAGGAGCUGAGGAAGGACUGCGCCGGUUACGCGGACAAGCUGGAGAGGAUCAAGUCUGCCACCAACCACGUCACGCCGGAGGAAAAAGAGAAGGUGUGCAGCGAGCAGAGGCUGUACUGUAAGGAGUGGCGGAAGAGGAAGCGGAUGGCGACCGAGCUGCUCGACGCCAUCCUGGAGGGGUACCCCAAAAGCAAGAAGCAGUUCUUCGAGGAAGUUGGCAUAGAAACGGAUGAGGACCACAAUGUCACCCUGCCAGCAGCUGUGUGAGCCCCGUGUCCUGUUGAGGUCGGGUGUCUUCACGGCGCUGUGGCCAGGAAGGUGUAACUGCACUGUUCUGGAGGCUCUGGUGUUGUAGCAAGAAGAGGAAGCCUGGUACAGGUGAAUGAACUGGUUUUGGUUUUGGCUGCAGAGCCCUAGCACGAGUUCAGCAAACUGAACUGCAGGGGGCGGCUUCCCAGGGCGUGUACGGAGCUGUACACGAGACUGGGCUUCAUUAAACACCAGCCUUUUGUUUCAGA